UUAAUUUUUUUUGAGGAAAGGAAGAACGAAGGUUGCUUCGAUUCUCGCGAACCUAGCGCGGUGGGGAAUAGUGUCGCGCUUCUGCGGAAUUUCGACGAUCAUUUCGCGUCGGCCUUUGCUUCCGUAACACAUCAAUUCUCCCAAUACAUUUCCGAUUGCCCAACUCCUUCUUCUCUCUCUGAUCCACAGAAGCAACAACGAUGGCGGAUACUGUAGACGACGAUUACCUUCAAGACUUGAUCACCGAGCAACGUUCCGAAAUCCUUGCCGCCAAAACCCUCAUCUCCGACCUCGAUUUGGCCUACCAACUUCAAAUGCAGGAGGCAAUGGACGCCUCUCUUGGCUCGAAAUCCUCGUCCAAACGACCUGCAUCCGUUAACAGGGUCGUCCCUGUCUUGGAGUCUGAAGAAACUGGCGCGUUGGACUUCGCGACCACGCUUUUGCUUGAGGACAUUGCAAGGAUCGCCAUGGAGCACAAGGACCGGGAGCAGUGUCAGGCGGAGAUGAGGAAGAUGAAGGAGGAGAUUGACCGUCGGAUUCACGAUCAGAACUUUGCGAAUUACAUUCUGAAUGUUCCCGAUGAUGAGUGGAGUAAGUAUGGGGAUAAUUAUGAGAAGCCGUAUGGUGAGAGUUAUUCGUCGUCGUCGUCGUCUUCUUCUUCUUCUUCGUCUGUUGCUUCGACGAGGGGUUUGUUGGAUUCUGAAUGUUUUAGGGUGUAUUCGAAGGGGCUGAUCAGUGAAGAGAGAAUUAGAGAUAUGACGGUUAGGGUUGCCGGUAUUGGGGUUGCAGUUUGUGACCCUAAGGAUAAUCUGUUGUUUGAGAAGACGAGGCCUCUGGAAUCUGUGGUGGAUGGUAAGGAGACCAGCUGCGAAUGCGCUGAGCUUGAAGCGCUGGUUGAAGGGCUUAAUAUUGCUCUUGUUUUAGGUUUGAAAAAGGUCACUUUUUUCUGUGCAGAUUACAUGCUCUACCAGUAUAUUAUACGUAGCGUGGCUCCAGGCUCGAGCUCCAUGGCAACAGUGGUUAAUGAGGUGUCUCUUCUUCAGGGAAAAUUUACCUAUUGUAACCCAUCCCUCGUGACACGUAAUGAUAUCAAGUUUGCUUUUAGACUUGCAAGAGAGGCAAUAGUUUCUCAGAUCACCUGGCCUGCAGAAUCUGAAAAUGGAAAGUGCUUGAAGGAAACUUGUACCAUUUGCUUUGAAGAUAUUUGUGUGGAUCAGAUGUUCUCAGUUGAUGGUUGUUUGCACAGAUACUGCUUUUCUUGUAUGAAGCAGGAUUUAGAAAUAAGGUUGCUCAAUGGGAAUGGGAUGCAGGCAAACUGUCCUCAUCUGGGUUGUACGUCGGAAAUUAAUAUCGAAAGCUGUGGAAAGUUCUUGGAUAGUAGGGUGAUUGAUAUUAUCAGCCAAAGGAUUAAGGAAGCGUCUAUGCCCGUUCUGGAGAAAGUUUACUGCCCCUAUUCCAGGUGCUCGGCAUUAAUGUCCAAAAGCGAGCUUUUAAAAUAUAGCGAGGCUUCAUAUUUCGAUGCAGAACGAACUGGGGCAAGGAAGUGCAUGAAAUGCAAUCUGUUUUUCUGUAUUAAUUGCAAGGCCCCUUGGCAUUAUAAUAUGACUUGCUACGACUUCAGAAAGUUAAAUCCCGUUCUUCGUCCUGAUGAGGAAAUGCUGAAGUCUCUUGCUUCGAAGAAACUUUGGCGCCAAUGUGUGGCGUGUAACACGAUGGUCGAAUUGGCCGAGGGCUGCUACCACAUCACCUGCAGAUGUGGAUAUGAGUUUUGCUAUACAUGCGGAGCCCCCUGGAAAGGUAAGAAGCCUACAUGCACCUGUCCAAUAUGGGACGAGCGGAACAUCAUACGCAAUCAACGUCAACGUCGACGAUAAGCUCUUUAGGUGAACGAUUCGGGGGUAACGGACCCCUUUCUUUUGCUCUUGAGUUUCUGUUUGUUUGCACUGUUUUAGAUGGUAGGCAUAGAUAAAGGCAGGAAUUUUGUUGAUAUUAGAUCAUAGCUUCAUGUCAACUUUGAAUGUCUCAUUUUGAAACUUAGGAAUGGAAGAAGGAAUUUUGAGAU